AUGUCAGGAAACACUUCUCCUGGCGCCAGCCACUUACCCAUGUAUCACUACUUCAACACCAUAAUGACACCAUACGAAAUCGAUAUGGAUUCCUUCCAAUGGGAAGUGAAACCUGUUUUAGCCAAUGCCACCGACAUAAUCCAAAGGUCGCCUGCUCCCAGACAGAAAUUUGUUCGGUUCGCUCCCAAAGCCGUUGACAUCAAAUACAAUGAAUUCAAAACAAAGUCAAAUAAUGGAAGGCAGAGGAACAAUGCCGCAGCACUCACUGUUGCCAACGAUUCGAAGAUGAUGAGAAUCCCAUCACCGUCGGAAUUGUCCAGAGCAGGUUCGCCCCGCCAGGAUCCCAGCUCGACCCAAAUCCAAUCGUCCCAUCGUCGCACGAUUCGAGAGAACCCAACUGAACGAUCGAGCCGAAUGGAAUUUGAGGCCCAGAAUUAUACUUCAUCCCAAAAUGGUCAAUUCAAGCUUGUUGUGGCCAAUACUCCAACUCAAUUCCCCCCUCGUGUACCAAGUCCUCCGGCAAGCCGAGAUCCACCACCCACACCUCGACCUGCACGGCUUAGUACACCAGAUUUUACGGAUGACUACGAUGAUUGUCCCCGUUUUUGUGACUGUUGUGGUAACUAUGAAGCCGAGAGGUCGGGACGUACUCUUGAUAGUAGGAAAGAAGGAUCGGCGUGUUCGAAGAUGGAAUAUCAAUAUCAAGCAGCGAGUGCCUAUAUAGGAGAUAGGAGACUAGUAGCGGAAAAGCGAAAGCAAGAUCUUGCUGUCGUACCAACAGAGGAUACUCAGGUGUGGAAUCUAAUGCGCAUGGGAUACCCACGAAGCGUCGCCAUCACCACUUUAGAGGCGUAUAGACACGAUUUUGAAAAGGCGGCGACUUUCUUAGAGUAUAAUUAUUAA